AUGGACAAACGUCGAAUCAUAAACGUUUAUAAUUAUAAUGAGAAAGUCGUUUUUUCAUUUUGGGCUAUUCUAUUUUCUCAUCCUGCUGAUUUUACUCCUGUAUGUACAACAGAACUUGGACGGGUAGCAAAAUUAGUUCCUGAAUUUAAUAAACGUGGUGUGAAAUUAAUAGCUCUUUCCUGUGAUAAUGUUGAUAGCCACAAGGGAUGGAUUAAAGACAUAUGUUCUUUUUCUGAACUUAAUAGUGAAGAAUUUCCAUAUCCUAUUAUAUCAGAUGAAGGACGAGAUUUGGCAGUUCAACUAGGCAUGAUUGAUCCUAAAGAAAAGGAUGAGAAGGGUUUACCACUAACAUGUCGUGCUGUUUUUAUAAUUGGACCAGACAAGAAAUUGAAAUUAUCAAUUUUAUAUCCUGCAACUACUGGUAGAAAUUUUGAGUAAGUACAUAAUGUUUAACUUUAUAUAUACUUUAUUUCAUACUUCUAACCCUUUUUAUUAUAUAUUAUAUUACUG